AGAGAGACAGACAGAUUUUUUGUCUCCUCGCACAUGUUUUUGCAAUUCCUCGCCCCCUUUUACGGCUCAUGGCACCUCAAAAAAACAACAUGAGCUGCUGAGGCUGAUAGCAAACGUGCCGGCAUCCUUUAUUUCAGAAAACCUUUUGUCCGAACACAAACACAAAUCAUUCAUUUGGUUGAACAAAAUCGGUGCCACAAUAAUUAUGGGUCGACUCGAAGCGUCCCACAUUCUGCACGGACACAAAGGCCGUGUGUGGAACGUGGCCUGGCACCCUGAGGGCCACUUUUUGGCGUCCUGCGGCGAAGACAAGAGCAUCCGGAUCUGGGCUCGAGAAGGACAGAAGUGGGUGUGCAAGACGAGCUUGACGGAGGGACACAAUCGGACGAUCCGCGCCGUGUCUUGGUCGUUGUGUGGCAAAUUCUUGGCCAGCGCCAGUUUCGAUGGCACCACCAGCAUCUGGACCUACGUGAAGGGCGAUUACGACUGCGUCAUGUCCCUCGAGGGUCACGAAAAUGAGGUCAAAAGCGUGGCCUGGUCUCACUCGGGACAGUACCUGUCCACCUGCGGCAGGGACAAGACUGUCUGGGUUUGGGAAACGGCCGACGACAACGAGUACGAAUGCGCUGCUGUCCUUUUCAACCACGCACAAGAUGUUAAAAAAGUUGUCUGGCAGCCAAGCAAAGAUGUUGUGGCCUCCUGCAGUUACGAUGACAGCAUCAAAAUGUUCAGGGAAGACGGAACUGAAUGGGUCCAGUGUGCAAACCUGACGUCACACACGUCCACCGUUUGGAGUCUUGCAUUCAACAGUUCUGGUGACAGGAUGGCGUCAUGUAGUGAUGACUUAACAGUUAAAAUUUGGCAAGAAUAUCCUCCGGGCAAUCCUCAGGGCAUUGAAACGCCUGACAACAUUCCCGCCUGGAAGUGUGUGUGCACCCUGUCAGGUUUCCAUCCUAGGACAGUUUACGACGUCUCCUGGUGCCCUCAAUCAAACCGAAUUGCCACCGGCUGCGGUGAUGACAAAAUUCGCAUCUUCCUCGAGUCCCCUGAGAGCGACCAGAAUGCACCAACAUUCGAACUUGAGUCAACUGGGGAAGGACACACACAGGACGUGAAUGCCGUUGCGUGGAACCCCAAAGAGGCUGGAUUACUUGCCUCAGCCAGUGAUGAUGGUACUGUGAGACUGUGGUGCAUAAAAUAAGGUACAAUACGUUCUUCCAGUGAAUUGAAGAUUCCGUUAACCGUUUUAAUUGAUUUUUAAUAAUUUGCUAAGUGCAGUUAGUAAGCAAUAAAAUUUUCUUGGGCAUACAAUAAUUUUUCUAUGCAAGUACAGUUUGCUGUUGGGACAAAAAAAUACAAAACUCGAGAUUUUAUUAUUAUAAAUA